AUGCCAUGGUCAGUGGAAUGGUGGAGUGGCCUGCUAUUAUCACUAGUGCACACCAGCCAGGUUGUAGAAGUUAUGAAAUCAAUAACCCAAAGUUUACCUGAGAGCCUGGCAUUACCACCUGCUAUCCUCUUUGACGAGAUGCUCAGCCACAUACCAGUUAAGGAGAUAUUAGAUUCUGUAAAGAGUGAAUCAUUGGUGGGAGACAAAUACGUCUUUGGAGACCUUCCAGAGUUGAAGCUAGACACAAUUGAUUUUUAUUCUACAAAUAUUGCCUCAGCCAGGCUUAAAAGGGCUAAUGAGAUCUUCAACGUGUCUGCUCCACAGGUAGAAGGUAGCGUAGCAAAACUAUCAGACUUGAUCACCAAUUCUCGGAAUGCUACGAAGACUUACCACUCGGAUAUAGAGAUAUUAACUAAUGAAAUAAUCAAGUUAAAGAAGAAAGUUGCCGAAGAUGCGGCAGCAGGAUUCUCAAUAGGUGAUUGGUUCACUGGUUGGAGGAGUGCUAUAGUGUGGUUAAUAGGUGCAGUGCUCAUGAUUCUAAUUGUUUAUAUAAUCUUCCUUGUACUAAGGAGGUGUUGUGUAAGUCCUGCAAUUGUUACUGCUGCAAGCAUGCCUCUCAAGGGAUUUGCCGCCCCUAUCAACAACACCCAACUACACACAACAACAGUGAACUUCUGGAUAAACCAAACAACAGGAGUGGAGAAUAUUAGUUCGACACCACCAACAAUUCUCAGUUACAAGCUUAAAGAGGUGGCGACCCAUGUUGCCUCAAUAGAGUUCCAUGCUGACAUACUUAUAGCUUUGAUUAUACUCAUGGAUAAAAGGGAGCAACAAAUUGUGGCGUGGCUGAUGGAAGAAGUUACGAAGGAAAUAGAGGACCCAGAUAGUAGGAUUGACAAAGCAGAGAGUGACGGAGAUAGUGAUCACAGUGAACAUUGCACCGACACGGAACAGUCAUCAUGCGAAGAUGAAGCUAACUGUAUAGCAAAGAUAGAUGGUUACAAGAUCGAACCAACCCAGGAGAUAUUAGAUUCUGUAAAGAGUGAAUCAUUGGUGGGAGACAAAUACGUCUUUGGAGACCUUCCAGAGUUGAAGCUAGACACAAUUGAUUUUGAUUCUACAAAUAUUGCCUCAGCCAGGCUUAAAAGGGCUAAUGAGGUCUGCAACGUGUCUGCUCCACAGGUAGAAGGUAGCGUAGCAAAACUAUCAGACUUGAUCACCAAUUCUCGGAAUGCUACGAAGACUUACCACUCGGAUAUAGAGAUAUUAACUAAUGAAAUAAUCAAGUUAAAGAAGAAAUUUGCCGAAGAUGCGGCAGCAAGAUUCUCAAUAGGUGACUGUUUCACUGGGUGGAGGAGUGCUAUAGUGUGGUUAAUAGGUGCAGUGGUCAUGAUUCUAAUUGUUUAUAUAAUCUUCCUUGUACUAAGGAGGUGUUGUGUAAGUCCUGCAAUUGUUACUGCUGCAAGCAUGCCUCUCAAGGGAUUUGCCGCCCCUAUCAACAACACCCAACUACACAAAACAACAGUGAACUUCUGGAUAAACCAAACAACAGGAGUGGAGAAUAUUAGUUCGACACCACCAACAAUUCUCAGUUACAAGCUUAAAGAGGUGGCGACCCAUGUUGCCUCAAUAGAGUUCCAUGCUGAUAUACUUAUAGCUUUGAUUAUACUCGUAGUGAUCAUUUAUUGGACUAGACGAUUCAUAACUUCUGAACACCGCCACAUGUUAGCACGGAUAGGCUUGUUCACUCGAAAUCAGCUGAUACCACACCAUAUGGGAGAGAGUAGCUUGGUAAUUUUCAUAUUAGUGAAGUCAACAUCAUUUCUAGGACGAUCACACCGUGUAUUUGAAAUCCCAAUCGAGCUGUGCACCGUCCCAGGAAGAGCUAUGGCAUGGUCAUGUACACCAUCCAAGGGUUAUUAUACACAACUGCUAGAACAGAACCAAUCCGUAAAACGAUGGAGCAAUGCCAUGGUUAUAAAAUUAGAUUUAAGGCAGAUAUCAUUAGUUAACUCCGAUUAUCCAUCUCUCAAAGGGAGUCAAAAUGUGCCCAGCAGAGUAAAGGUAAACCUAAAUUAUUUGGGUCAUAUAAUCAAUCACCAUGCUAGAUAG